UUAAACAAAAACGCGAUGCUUUUCACAAUAUUAAAGACAAGGAUAAAAGGGAAAAGCGAACAGAAUACGGGCAAGGUGAGGACACAAAAAGUUUCUUAGACCUUAUAAUGUUAUCUGAACAAGAAAAUAGACUGAGUGAUGAGGAACUGAGGGAGGAGAUCCUGGUGAUGAUGUUAGCUGGCACAGACACCUCCGCAGUUUCUAUUGGCUACACGCUGUUGUUAUUGGCCAAAUAUCCUGAAAUACAAGAAAGGGCUUAUAAUGAAAUCGUCAAACAUUUAGGCAACACUGACCGUCUUUUGCAGUCAGAAGAUGUUAUGGCAUUCGAAUAUUUAAAUAACGUUGUGAAAGAAUCCCUUCGCCUCUUUCCACCAGUACCGCUUUUAGUAAGAAAUUCUGGGGAUGCAGAAACAACUUUGCCCUCAGGACCAACUCUGCCGAGUAGAACCACCGUUUUUAUUUCAGUUUGGGGCAUGCACCGUGAUCCAAAGUACUGGGGACCGAACGCAGAAUGCUUUGAUCCAGACAGGUUUUGUGAUAAAGAGUUGAACGUUCUGUCAUUUAGUUUGGGACGACGGAACUGUAUUGGUUACAAGUACGCGAUGCAGUCUGUGAAAAUAGCAGUAGCAUCGAUAUUACGUCAUUACAAGGUAGUAGGAGUACCAGAGGCGAUACCAGUACCAACCAUAGACAGUACAUACUCCAUAAUGUUGAGAUCUAUGGACGACUUUAAGAUAUCAUUGGAGAAACGAUAA